CCGGUACGUCUGGAAGAUACCGCUCAGAGCUGGAGGAUGCGCUCGGCAAGCCCGCGAACGUCAGCUUUCAAACUCAUGAGGUCGCGGCGGGACCAGCGGUCUCAGAAUCCCAAGUCUCGCUCUCGCAGGGCUCUCACGUGCAACCACCGCCUCUAGGACCUGUUCGUCAUGUCGAUUCAACUAAUGCGGCAAGAUAUGCGUCUUAUUCGUCCACAGCGCUUGCUUUGCCAUCGAGCAUGUAUUCUGCGGGGGUCUCCCAGCAUGUGCAUCUUCGAGAUGUUCCGGGAGACUUAGAAUCGGGAAGGUCGUCGAUCGAGGAGAACGGAUCGCUAGCUGCAAACUCAUAUGGCCAGGUGCUCGAUCAUGACCAGCCUGCCCACGAUUCACCAUAUGAGCCGAUAUCGCAAAAUGCGUACACUCCCCAGAGCUGUUUCAAAGCGUAUCGACUUGUUGACUUCUCUGUCGAUGAUCAGCGCGGGAUCAUGUUAGCUGACGCACUUAACGGCUGUGAACGACUGUCGAAUUGCGAUGAUUUCGUUUUCACCGAAACAACGGCUCAAAAGAUGUCUCUGCGCAUCUUGUUGCCCGGCUAUCCGGAAUAUGACAGACAAGUUAUCGUUAGAAAUUCGAGGACGCCACCAGAGUCUAUCACGGUGGGAAAGCUGGCGCAGAUAGCGGCGAAGGAGUUCAACCGCAUGCUAGAGAAACAGGCUGAGGGGAACUACCACUUAUCGUUCUCCCCCGACGACGUUGUGCUGCUUGGAGUGAACCGUGUGGCGAAAGGCAGCAUUCAGCCUCGAUUCGGAAUCAUCAGGCCUCAGGCCUCUGUCUUUGUCACCAUUCGCAUAUCAGGAACGAUGCCAGCGCAUCCAGGCACGGAUAUGUGA